AUGGCGGACCCCGGCACCCCGGUGCAGGGCAUCCUGCUGCAGCUGCGAGACUGCCUGUCCUCCGCCGACCGCUGCGGCGCUGCCAUGGCUGGCAGCCAGCUGAUCCGGGGCUUGGGGCAGGAGUGCGUGCUGAGCACCAGCCCCGCGGUGCUGGCAUUGCAGACUUCUUUAGUUUUUUCCAAAGACUUUGGUUUGCUUGUGUUCGUCCGGAAAUCGCUCACCAUUGAUGAAUUUCGUGACUGUAGAGAAGAAGCCUUAAGAUUUUUAUGCAUUUUCUUAGAAAAAAUUGGCCAGAAGAUCACACCUUACUCUCUUGAUGUUAAGAAUUUUUGUACCAGUGUCUAUACAAAAGACAGAGCAGCUAAAUGUAGAAUUCCAGCCCUGGACCUUCUCAUUAAGUUACUUCAGACUUUGAGAAGCUCUAGCCUCAUGGAUGAAUUUAGAGUUGGAGAAUUAUUUAACAAAUUCUAUGGAGAACUUGCAUUGAAAACAAGAAUACCAGAUACAGUUUUAGAAAAAAUCUACGAGCUGCUUGGAGUGUUAGGUGAAGUCCAUCCCAGUGAGAUGAUAAAUAACUCGGAAAACCUGUUCCGGGCCUUUCUGGGUGAGCUCAAGACCCAGAUGACAUCAGCAGUAAGAGAACCCAAAUUCCCUGUUCUGGCCGGCUGUCUGAAGGGGCUGUCUUCCCUUCUGUGUAACUUCACCAAGUCCAUGGAAGAAGAUCCCCAGAUGUCAAGGGAGAUUUUUGAUUUUACACUAAAGGCAAUCCGUCCCCAGGUUGAUAUAAAGAGAUACGCUGUACCCUUAGCUGGCCUGCGCCUGCUCACCCUGCAUGCCUCUCAGUUUAGCACCUGCCUCCUGGACAACUACAGCCUGUUAUUUGAAGUGCUGUCCAAGUGGUGUAGCCAUACAAAUGUAGAGUUGAAGAAAACCGCACAUUCGGCCCUGGAAUCCUUUCUGAAACAGGUUUCUUCUAUGGUGGCCAAAGAUGCAGAGAUGCAUAAGAGCACACUGCAGUACUUCAUGGAGCAGUUCUACGAAAUCAUCCGAAAUGUGGAUUCGAACAACAAGGAGUUAUCCAUUGCUAUUCGUGGAUAUGGACUUUUUGCUGGUACCUGCAAGGUCAUCAAUGCCAAGAAUGUGGACUUCAUGUACGUCGAGCUCAUUCAGCGCUGUAAGCAGAUGUUCCUCACUCAGAUGGACACUGCUGAAGAGCACAUUUACCAGAUGCCCAGCUUCCUGCAGUCCAUUGCAAGUGUCUUGCUUUACCUCGACACGGUUCCUGAGGCAUACACUCCAGUUCUGGAGCAUCUGCUGGUCGUGCAGAUAGACAACUUCCCACAGUACAGUCCAAAAAUGCAGUCGGUGUGUUGCAAAGCCAUCGUGAGGCUUUUCCUAGUCUUGGUCGAGAAAGGACCUGUUCUCCAGAAUUGUGUUAGUACCGUGGUGCAUCAGGGUUUAAUCAGAAUAUGUUCUAAGCCAGUGGUACUGCAAAAGGGCUCAGGGUCUGAAUCUGAAGAACACCGUGCCUCGGGGGAAGUUAGAACUGGCAAGUGGAGGAUGCCCACGUGCCAAGACUAUGUGGAUCUCUUUAGAAGCUUCCUGAGCUGCGACCAGAUGAUGGAUUGUGUUUUACCAGAUGAAACAUUUCUUUCUGUGACUUCUUCCCUUCAAAGACUGAAUCGUUUACUCUAUGAUGAAUUUAUAAAGUCUGUUUUGAAGAUUAUUGAGAAAUUGGAUCUUACAUUAGAAAAACAGACCAUUGGAGAACAAGAGGAUGGAAAUGAGGCCACUGGUGUUUGGGUGAUCCCGACUUCAGAUCCAGCUGCUAACUUGCAUCCUGCUAAGCCUAAAGAUUUUUCAGCUUUCAUUAAUCUGGUGGAAUUGUGCAGAGACAUUCUCUCUGGGAACCGAGUACAAUUUUUUGAACCAUGGGUAUACUCAUUUACAUACGAAUUGAUUGUACAGUCUACACGCUUGCCGCUCAUCAGUGGUUUCUACAAAUUACUUUGUGUGGCAAUGAGAAAUGUCAAGAAACUAAAGUAUUUUGAGGGAAUUAGUCCGAGGAGUCCGAAGCACUCUCCUGAGGACCCAGAAAAGCAUUCUUGUUUUGCUUUAUUUGCAAAAUUUGGUAAAGAGGUAUCAGUUAAAAUGAAGCAAUACAAAGAUGAACUCUUGGCCUCCUGCUUGACCUUUGUUCUGUCCUUUCCAUAUGACAUCAUUGAACUUGAUGUGAGAGCCUACGUUCCUGCGUUACAGAUGGCCUUCAAGCUGGGCCUGAGCUAUACGCCGCUGGCCCAGAUCGGUCUGAAUGCCCUUGAGGAAUGGUCAGGUCACAUCCAUAGACAUGUAAUUCAGCCUUACUAUAAAGACAUUCUACCUUACCUUGAUGGAUACCUGAAGACUUCCACCUUGUCAGAUGAGACCAAGAAUAACUGGGAGGUGUCGGCACUUUCUCGGGCUGUCCAGAAGGGAUUCACCAAAACCGCAUUAAAGCAUCUGAAAAAGACAAGGAGCAUUUCAUCUAGUGAAGCACCAUCCUUAGAAGAUAUAAGAAUCAGAAUAGUACAAAUGCUUGGAUCUUUAGGAGGACAAAUAAAUAAAAAUCUUGUAACAGCUGCGACUUCAGAUGAAAUGAUGAAGAAGUGUAUGGCGUGGGACGUGGAGAGGAGGCUUGGCUUUGCGGUGCCCUUCAGAGACAUAAAGCCUGUCAUCUACCUGGAGGGCUUCCUGCCUCGCGUCACAGAAUUAGCCCUUUCAGCCAGUGACCGUCAAGCCAAAGUGGCAGCCUGUGAGCUGUUACAUAGCAUGGUCAUGUUUAUGCUGGGAAAAGCAGCUCAGAUUCCUGAAGGAAAUCAGGGCUUCCCACCCAUGUACCGGCUCUACAAGCAGACAUUUCCUGUGCUGCUUCGCCUUGGGUGUGAUGUCGAUCAGGUGACCAGGCAGCUCUACGAGCCCCUCGUCAUGCAGCUGAUUCACUGGUUCACCAACAAUAAGAAAUUUGAAAGUCAGGAUACCGUGGCCCUGCUAGAGACGAUCCUGGAUGGAAUUGUGGAUCCAGUGGACAGUACUUUAAGAGAUUUUUGUGGUCGUUGUGUUCGAGAAUUCCUCAAAUGGUCCAUUAAGCAAACAACCCCGCAGCAGCAGGAGAAGAGCCCCGUGAACACCAAAUCGCUGUUCAAGCGGCUGUACAGCCUUGCACUCCACCCCAAUGCUUUCAAGAGGCUGGGAGCAUCGCUUGCCUUCAAUAACAUCUACAGGGAGUUCAGGGAGGAAGAGUCGCUGGUGGAGCAGUUUGUGUUUGAAGCCUUGGUGAUUUACAUGGACAGCCUGGCCUUGGCCCACACAGACGAGAAAUCCUUAGGCACAGUUCAACAGUGCUGUGAUGCCAUUGACCACCUAAGCCGCAUCAUCGAGAAGAAACACAUUUCUCUAAACAAACCCAAAAAACGGCGCUUGCCACGAGGAUUCCCGCCUUCAGCAUCUCUGUGUCUGUUGGAUGUGGUCAAGUGGCUAUUAGCCCGUUGUGGGAGGCCGCAGACAGAGUGCCGACACAAGUCCAUUGAACUCUUUUAUAAAUUUGUUCCCUUAUUGCCAGGUGGCAAAUCUGCUUCAUUAUGGCUGAAAGACUUCAUCAAGAAAGAAGAGCCCUGUUUCCUCAUCAGCACAUUCGAAGGAGGUGGUGGUGGUGGUGACCAGCAUGCAGGCAUCCUUGCUCAGCCCACCCUCUUACACCUUCAGGGGCCUUUCAGCCUGCGCGCAGCUCUGCAGUGGCUCAACCUGCUGCUGGCUGCACUCGAGUGCUACAACACAUUCAUCCAGGAGAGGACUAUUCAAGUGCUGGAUGUCCUGGAUCCUGAAGCUCAGUCUUCACUUUUGAAGGCAGUGGCUUUCUUUCUAGAGAGCCUUGCGACACAUGAUAUUGCAGCAGCGGAAAAGUGCUUCAGCACCGGAGCGACAGGUGACAGGCCCAGCCCGCAAGAGCAGGAAAGGUACAACUACAGCAAGUGCACAGUCGUGGUCCGGAUUAUGGAAUUCACCACAACUCUGCUCAACACCUAUCCAGAAGGGUGGAAGCUCCUGGAGAAGGACUUGUGCAACACGACCCUCAUACAGCUCCUGGUGCGAACGCUCUGCGAGCCCCUAAGCGUUGGUUUCCACGUUGGUGACGUCCAGGUCAUGGACCAUCUUCCCAGUGUGUGUGUGAACCUGAUGAAAGCACUGAGGCAGUCUCACUUCAGAGACCUCCUGGAGAUGCACCUGAAGGAGGAAAUGAAAGCACGGAGCCUUGAGGAGCUUUGCACAGCUGACCUGUGGGGUCCCGAUGCUCACUUGGAGAGGACCAGACUGGCUUCUGUCGUGUCUGCCUAUAAACAGCUCCACAAAGCCGGGCUCCUGCAUGUCGUUCUGCCAUCUCAGGACCCAGACCUCCAGCGUUCCAUUGGCACAAGACUUCUUUCCCUGGUGUACAACAGCAUUACUCCUGGAGACGGCACGCAGGGCCUGCCUUCGUUGGAGCCUGGCUGCCAGCGGCUAGCCAGCGGAUUCCUGGAGUUGGCCUUUUGUUUUGGAGGGCAGUGUGAGCACCUCGUGAGUCUUCUCCUGGACACAGUGGUGCUGUCUACUCCGUCCCUGGGCAGCUCUCAGAGAGGCAGCAGCAGCAACAGCUUCUCCCGCGGGGAGUAUUUCUAUAGCAUCUUUCCAGAAACCAUCAAUGCUGAGUUGCUGAGAAAUCUUGACCUCGCUGUGCUGGAGCUCAUGAAAUCAUCAGUGGAUAAUCCCAAAAUGGUGAGCACCGUUCUGAAUGGCAUGUUAGAUCAGAGCUUCCGGGACCGGGCCAGUCAGAAACAGCAAGCACAGAGGCUGGUCUCCACGAUUCUGCAGAACUGGAACAAAUGUGACUCAUGGUGGGCCAGGGAGUCCACACCCGAGAGCAAAAUGGCAGUGCUGGUGUUGCUGGCCAAGAUUUUGCAGAUUGAUUCCUCUGUAUCUUUUAAUACAAAUCAUAGUGCAUUCCCUGAGGUCUUUAUGACAUAUACCACUCUACUUGCUGAUUCACAGUUGGGUUUACACUUAAAGGGCCAAGCCAUCAUUCUCCUGCCGUUCUUCACGGGUCUGGCAGGAGGCAGCCUGCAGGACCUCAAGCGCGUCCUGGAAAAGGUCAUCGUCUCUCACUUUCCAAUGAAGUCUGAUGAGUUUCCCCCCGGAACACUGCGCUACAACAAUUAUGUGGACUGCAUGAAAAAGCUUUUAGAUGCAUUGGAAUUGUCUCAGAGCCCCGUCCUGUUGCAGUUGGUGACAGAAAUUGUUUGUCGGGAACAGAAGCAUGUUAUGGAAGAGCUAUUUCAAUCCACUUUCAAAAAGAUUGCCAGAAGGAGUUCAUGUGUCAAACAGUUAGACCUUCUGGAAAGUGUGUACCGUAUGUUCAGAAGGGACGAGCUGCUUCCAAGCACCACUCGCCAGGCCUUUGUGGACCGCGUGCUGCUCACUCUGCUGUGGCACUGCAGCCUGGAGGCUUUGAGAGAAUUCUUCAGCAGAAUCGUGGUGGAUGCCAUUGACAUGCUGAAGCUCAGGUUCAUGAAGUUGAAUGAAUCUACGUUUGAUACUCAAAUCACAAAGAAGAUGGGCUAUUACAAGAUGUUAGAGGUGAUGUAUUCUCGUCUUCAGAAAGAUGAUGUUCACUCUAAGGAAUCUAAAAUUAAUCAAGUUUUCCAUGGCUCGUCUAUUACAGAAGGAAAUGAACUUACAAAGACUCUUAUUAAAUUGUGCCACGAUGCAUUCACAGAGAACAUGGCUGGGGAGAGCCAGCUGCUGGAGAGGAGAAGGCUUUUCCAUUGUGCUGCCUACAACUGUGCCAUCUCCGUGAUCUGCUGUGUCUUCAAUGAGUUAAAAUUCUACCAGGGUUUUCUAUUUACUGAAAAGCCAGAAAAGAACUUGCUUAUUUUUGAAAAUCUGGUAGACCCAAAGCGCUGCUAUUCAUUUCCUGUGGAAGUUGAGGUUCCUAUGGAAAGAAAGAAAAAGUACAUUGAAAUUAGGAAAGAAGCGAGAGAAGCAGCAAAUGGGGAUUCAGAUGGCCCUCAUUACAUGUCUUCCUUGUCGUAUUUGGCAGACAGUAGCCUGAGUGAAGAAAUGAGUCAAUUUGACUUUUCAACUGGGGUUCAGAGCUAUUCAUACAGCUCCCAAGACCCUAAAUCUACCAUUGGUCGUUUUCGGAGACAGGAGUAUCCAGACUCCAAGGUCCAGGGUGAUGUCCUGGAGUUAGAGAUGGAUGAGCUUGGGCAACAUGAGUGCAUGGCACCGUUGGCUGCCCUGCUGAAGCACAUGCAGAGAAAGCUGGCCUUGCCCCAGGAAGAAGAGGGUUCAGUGUCAAAAGAUCUUCCUCUUUGGAUGAAAUUUCUCCAUGACAAACUAGGAAACCCAUCAGUGCUACUGAAUGUGCGUCUCUUCUUAGCCAAGCUUGUUAUUAAUACAGAAGAGGUCUUUCGCCCUUACGCGAAGCACUGGCUUAGCCCCUUGAUACAGCUGGCUGUUUCUGAAAACAACGGAGGAGAAGGCAUUCAUUACAUGGUGGUUGAGAUAGUGGCUACGGUGCUGUCCUGGACAGGUUUGGCUAGUCCUGUGGGGACUCCUAAAGAUGAAAUACUGGCAAAUCGACUGCUUCACUUCCUAAUGAAACAUGCUUUUUAUCCAAAGAGAGCUGUUUUUCGACACAACCUUGAAAUCAUAAAAACCCUUGUUGAAUGCUGGAAGGAUUGUUUAUCCAUCCCUUACAGGAUAAUAUUUGAAAGGUUUUCCAGUAAAGAUCCCAAUUCUAAAGACAACUCAGUAGGGAUUCAGUUACUAGGCAUUGUGAUGGCCAACAACCUGCCUCCCUACGACCCCCAGUGUGGAGUCGACAGUGUCACGUACUUUCAAGCUUUAGUCAAUAAUAUGUCUUUUGUAAAAUAUAAAGAGGUGUAUGCAGCAGCGGCAGAAGUUCUGGGCCUCAUUCUUCGAUAUGUUGCUGAGAAAAAAGAUGUCCUGGAGGAUCUUGUGCAUGAACUAGUUGUCAAACAGUUGAAGCAGCAGCAGAAUACCAACGAGGACAAAUUUAUUGUAUGCUUGAACAAAGUGGUCAAGAGCUUCCCUCUGCUUGCUGACAGGUUCUUGAACGCAGUGUUCUACCUGCUGCCCAAGUUUCACGGCGUGAUGAAGACACUGUGUCUAGAGGUCGUGCUCUGUCGCGCAGAGGAAAUCCCAGAUCUGUACUUCCAGCUCAAGAGCAAGGACUUUAUUCAGCUCAUGCGACACAGAGAUGAUGAAAGGCAAAAGGUGUGUUUGGACAUCAUUUAUAAAGUGAUGGCAAAAUUGAAACCAGUGGAACUCCGAGAACUUCUGACCCCUGUUGUAGAAUUUGUGUCUCACCCGUCUCCUGUGUGCAGGGAACAAAUGUAUAAUAUUCUCAUGUGGAUUCAUGACAACUACAGAGAUCCAGAGAGUAAGGCAGACGGUGACUCCCAGGAAGUGUUUAAGUUGGCAAAGGAGGUGCUGAUUCAAGGACUGAUUGAUGACAGCUCCAGCCUUCAACUGGUUGUUCGAAACUUCUGGAGCCAUGAAACUAGGUUACCUUCAAAUACCUUGGACCGGUUGUUGGCACUAAACUCCUUAUAUUCACCUAAGAUUGAAGUGCACUUUUUAAGUCUGGCAACAAAUUUUCUGCUUGAAAUGACCAGCUUGAGCCCAGAUUAUCCAAACCCCAUGUUUGAGCAUCCUUUGUCAGAAUGCGAGUUUCAGGAGUACACCAUCGAGCCUGAUUGGCGUUACCGAAGCACCGUGCUCACCCCAAUGUUUGUUGAGACCCAGGCCUCUCUAAGCUCGCUUCAGACCCGAACCCAGGAAGGCUCCCUCCUGCCCCGAGGGCCAGCAGCUCGGCAAAUUAGGGCCACCCAGCAGCAGUAUGAUUUCACGCCCACACAGACCACAGAUGGAAGGAGCUCAUUCAAUUGGCUGACUGGGAGCAGUAUUGACCCGCUGGCAGAUUUCACAGCCUCCUCAUCAUCAUCAGAGUCCUUGUCUUCUUCCUUGCUGUUUGCCCACAAGAAGAGUGACAAGGCACCGAGAACACCGUGGAAGCCCGUGGGACCUGACUGUCUAAAGAAAAGGCUGGGCCUUCCUGGGGACGAGGUGGAUAACAGAGUGACGGGCAGCGACAGUCGGGUAGAAAUACUAAGAUUACGCAGACGAUUUUUAAAAGACCAAGAAAAAGUCAGUUUAAUUUAUGCCAGAAAAGGCAUUGCUGAACAACAACGAGAAAAGGAGAUCCAGAGUGAACUGAGGAUGAAGCAGGAUGCGCAGGUGGUUCUGUACAGGAAGUACCGGCUGGGAGACCUGCCCGACAUCCAGAUCAAACACAGCAGCUUGAUCGCGCCCUUGCAGGCCGUAGCCCAGAGAGAUCCGAUAAUUGCAAAACAACUCUUCAGCAGCUUGUUUUCUGCAAUCUUGAAGGAGAUGGGUAAAUCUAAGACGGUGUCCGAGCAGAGCAGCAUCACUCACAAGUUGCUCCAAGACUUUAAUCGUUUCCUCAACACCAGUUUUUGUUUCUUCCCGCCCUUCGUCUCCUGCAUCCAGGAAAUCAGCUGUCAGCACACAGACUUGCUGAGCCUUGACCCGGCCGCCGUGCGCUCAGGCUGCCUGGCCAGUCUGCAGCAGCCCACGGGUAUACGCCUUCUGGAAGAGGCACUGCUCCGCUUGAUGCCCACAGAGCUGUCCGCCAAACGAAUCCGAGGGAAGGGCCAGCCGCCCCCUGAUGUCCUCCGGUGGAUCGAACUUGCUAAGCUGUAUAGAUCCAUUGGCGAAUACGACGUCCUGCGUGGUAUUUUCAGCAGUGAAAUAGGGACAAAGCCGGUCACCCAGGAAGCUUUAUUAGCAGAAGCCAGGAGCGAUUAUUCUGAAGCUGCCAAGCACUACAAUGAGGCUCUCAACAAACAGGAGUGGGCAGACGGUGAGCCCACGGAAACUGAGAAGGACUUCUGGGAACUUGCAUCCCUUGACUGCUAUAACCAGCUCUCUGAGUGGAAAUCCCUUGAGUACUGCUCCACGGUCAGUGUGGACAGUGGGAGCCCUCCGGAUCUCAGCAAGAUGUGGAGUGAGCCGUUUUAUCAGGAGACGUACCUGCCUUCCAUGGUCCGCAGCAAGCUGAAGCUGCUGCUGCAGGGAGAGGCUGAGCAGUCCCUGCUGACGUUCGUGGACGAGGCGAUGCAGCAGGACAUGCGGAAGGUGCUGCUGGAGCUUCAGUACAGCCAGGAACUGAGUCUGCUGUACCUGCUGCAGGACGACAUGGACAGAGCCAAGUACCACAUCGAAAAUGGCAUCCGGAUCUUCAUGCAGACUUAUUCCAGUAUUGAUGUGCUGUUACACAGAAGCAGGCUCGCUAAAUUACAGUCUGUCCAGGCUUUAACCGAAAUUCAGGAAUUCAUUGGCUUUAUGAGUAAACAAGGUAAUUUCUCCUCUCAAGUUCCCCUUAGGAGACUUCUGAAAACCUGGACAAACAGAUAUCCAGAUGCCAAAAUGGACCCAAUGAACAUCUGGGAUGAUAUCAUCACAAAUCGGUGCUUCUUUCUCAGUAAGAUGGAGGAAAAGCUGCCCUCCCUCGCCGACAAUCACAGCAUGAGCAUGGAUGAAGACCAGGACCCUAGGGUCAGCGGGGACGUGAGCGAGCAGGAGGACAUUCGUUCACUGAUCCAGAGCUGUAGGUUCUCCAUGAAGAUGCACAUGGUGGAGAGUGCACGGCAGCAGAACAACUUCUCACUUGCCAUGAAAAUACUGAAGGAGCUGCACCGAGAGUCCAAAGGGAGUGCCGAGCGCCUGGUGCCGUGGGUGCAGAGCUACUGCCGGCUGAGCCACUGGCGGAGCCGUGCGCAGAGCCCGGCCGAGCGGAUCCUCUCCGUGCUCAAGACCGUGUCGCUGCUGGAUGAGCACAACAUAUCGAACUACUUAAGCAAGAAUCCCUGGGCUUGCUGCGAUCAGAACAUCCUUCUGGGCACAACGUUCAGAAUCAUGGCGAACACGCUCAGUGGCGAGCCGGACUGCCUUGCUGACAUCGAGGAGAGCAAGGCCAGAAGGAUUCUGGAGCUCUCCGGCUCCAGUUCAGGAGAUGUGGAGCCGGUGAUUGCGGGUUUAUACCAAAAAGCCUUCCACCACCUCUCCAGUGCUGUGCAUGCUGCCGAGGAGGGGUCUCAGCCUUCAGGGGGACCUGGGCCCACCACCAGGGUGGUCGAUGCCUACAUGACCCUAGUGGAUUUCUGUGACCAGCAGCUCCGCAAGGUGGAAGAUAAUGCAGCGGCUGUUGAUUCUGUAGAACUGCAGAUGUAUCCAGCAAUUGUGGUGGAGAAAAUGUUAAAAGCUUUAAAAUUAAAUUCCACGGAGGCCAGACUGAAGUUCCCUAGGUUACUGCAGCUCAUAGAGCAGUAUCCGGAAGAGACCCUGAGCCUCAUGAUGAAAGAGAUGUCCUCCAUUCCUUGCUGGCAGUUCAUUGGCUGGACCAGUCACCUGGUGGCCUUGCUGGACAAAGAGGAGGCCAUAGCCGUCCAGCACACCGUCGAAGAGAUUGUCCGUCACUAUCCACAGGCCAUCGUCUACCCGUUCACCAUGAGCAGUGAAAGCUAUUGCUUCCCGGAGACAGCCACAGGCCACAGGAAUAAAGAGUUUGUGGCAAGGAUUAAAAAUAAGUUGGAUCAAGGAGGACUGAUUCAAGAUUUCAUUAAUGCUUUAGAUCAGCUCUCUAACCCUGAUUUAAUCUUUAAGGACUGGACUGAUGAUGUAAAACUUGAACUAGCAAAGCCUACUGUAAAUAAAAAGACCAUUGAGAACAUGUAUCAAAGAUUGUGUGCGGCCCUGGGUGACCCACGAGCUCCAGGAUUGGGGGCCUUCAGAAAGAGGUUCAUCCAGGCCUUUGGAAAAGAAUUCGACAAACACUUCGGGAAAGGAGGCUGCAAGCUGCUUCACAUGAGGCCCAGGGACUUCGAUGAAGUGGUCACCCCACUGCUAUCCAGAAUGAGACAGGACUCGAAGCCGCCCGGGAACCUGAAGGAAUGCUCGCCCUGGAUGAGCAACUUCCGCACGGAGUUCCUGAGGGCUGAGCUGGAGAUCCCGGGUCAGUAUGAUGGCCAAGGAAAGCCGCUGCCAGAAUACCACGCACGGAUCUCGGGGUUUGACGAGCGGGUGAAGGUCAUGGCUUCCAUCAGAAAGCCGAAACGCAUCGUCAUCCGUGGCCACGAUGAGAGGGAGUACCCUUUCCUGGUGAAGGGUGGCGAGGACCUGCGGCAGGACCAGCGCCUCGAGCAGCUCUUCGAGGUCAUGAACAUCAUCCUGGCCCGCGACGCCGCCUGCAGCCAGAGGGGCCUGCAGCUGAGGACAUACCGCGUGGUGCCCAUGACCUCCAGAUUGGGAUUGAUUGAGUGGAUUGAAAACACUUGCACCCUGAAAGAACUGCUUAUGACUAAUAUGUCACGGGAGGAAAGGGAGUUUUACACCAGUGACCCCAGAGCACCAGUGCGCGACUACGACGAGUGGCUGACAAAGAUGUCAGGCAAGCAUGGCCCCGGGGCCUACACACCAAUGUACAGGAGAGCGAGUCGUACAGAAACCAUCACGGCCUUCAGGAGAAGAGAAAGCAAAGUGCCCGCUGACCUCUUAAAGCGUGCUUUUGUGAGGAUGAGCACUGGGCCUGAGGCCUUCCUGGCACUGCGCUCCCACUUUGCCAGUUCUCACGCACUGCUCUGCGUGAGCCACUGGCUCCUGGGCAUUGGAGACAGACAUCUCAACAACUUCAUGGUGGCCGUGGAGACAGGGACUGUGAUUGGAAUCGACUUUGGCCACGCGUUUGGCUCAGCUACCCAGUUUCUGCCCAUCCCGGAGCUGAUGCCUUUCCGCCUCACGCGGCAGUUCAUCAAUCUCAUGUUGCCCAUGAAGGACACGGGACUCAUCUCCGGGGUCAUGGGGCAUGCGCUGAGGGCCUUCCGCGCCGACCCAGGCCUGCUCACCAACACCAUGGACGUAUUUAUAAAGGAGCCCUCCUUCGACUGGAAAUGUUUUGAACAGAAAAUGCUCAAAAAAGGAGGCUCAUGGAUUCAAGGAGUAAAUGUCACAGAAAAAAACUGGUACCCCCGACAGAAAAUCCAUUAUGCUAAGAGAAAGCUGGAAGGUGCCAACCCUGCCAUUAUCACUUGCGACGAGCUGCUCCUGGGCCACGAGAACACACCUGCCUUCAGGGACUUGCAGGCUGUCGCUGCAGGAAACAAAGAUCACGACAUCCGGGCCCGGGAGCCCAAGAGUGGCCUCUCCGCAGAGACUCAAGUGAAGUGCCUGAUCAACCAGGCCACGGACCCCAACCUGCUGGGCAGAACCUGGGCGGGCUGGGAGCCCUGGCUGUGAGGCCAGCGGGCCUUCCGCUGCGGUGGGUGAGCUGCUGUGGGCUCUCAGAGCAGAGGUGCCUGCGUCAGCCACUUGAACCUGUUGUCACUGAAUGGUAUUUUGCCAUACGAUGCAUCAUCACCUGUUUGUCAGUUCACCAAAGGAUGAACUCUGGGAUCUUUCCAAGUUGGGUCUACGAUGAAUAAAGCUGAUA